AGUCUAAAUCACCAUAUCAACGUUAACUACUUUUAAAAAAGUCACUUGACCUUCCGAGUCUUCCGGUGGGCUUACCCAUCAUCCUGUGUCUUUUAAACACGUUACCCGUACACGUCGCAGGGCGCUCAGGCUCGUGUCUCUGAUGGUGACAAUCAUUGAUCCUGACAAUCUGCCAUAUCCUGGCUCCACAUUGUUCCUGCCCUCUUUACUCGCCCAUAUACGCGCUGGUGCUCCCGGUCUGCCACUUGAGCCAAUCAUCAUCCAGGUUUUACUUCUUUGUAUCGUUUCAGGGGAUAGAAAUAUCAUCCUGCGGACCCGCGAAGAGGACAUUGGUCUUGUAUCCAGACUUGCGACUAUCUCGCUCACAUCUAUCUUCGGUUACAUCACCCACAAACUUCGAUGUCAUCCCGAUGCUAAAUCUCAGACACCUGCUAAAUUUCUGCGAUCUCUCUUUAUCCCACCCCCACCUGUCAUCGCCGCCGAUGGCUCGGUGUUACCCCAGCACAGGCACCAUCGUUCAUCCGUGACAGUGCACAGCAGGAAGUCUUCUUUUCCUAUGUCUAUGUCAUUUUCAAGUGAUGUUACGCGACCCAUUCAGCAUACCUCGCAACUGGCCUCUGAUGAUCCGACUGCCAGUGCUGAUGGCGGACCGUUCACAGAAACCCGACGGAUGUCAAGCCUCCAAACUGAACCCUCCGUACCCAAUAUUGGUUCUGGUGGCAAUGUGACGAUCCAUCACCGUCGUACAUCACAUGUCAACUCAGAUAUGCUUAAGAUACCAUCUGCAAUUGUCGUCUCUGGAUUAGAACAUGCUAGUUUACCUGCGCAGCGUGCUGUCUUACGGACUCUUGCAGAGAAGAAACUCGUCGUGUCGGAUAACCACUCAGAAAUCGAAUCAGAAUUGCAGCUUGAUCUGCCAGACGAUUUUAUCAUGGUCUACGUAUGUCGUUUAGAUCCACAUGAGAGACCACCUAUAUAUAACAGCCUGCUCGACUGGUUUGCUAUGAGUACACCCAUCAAUGUUCAGCUAUCCACACGAGCUGCGAUGCAUAAUUAUCAACCUCACCGCACGUCAACAUCAUCCACAGCCCUAUCUUCGCCCUCAAUACCAGGGUAUCCAUUCCCUAACAUGGCUAUGUCAGGCCCGCCGACCCCUCCUCCACCAAACAACUCCACGCCCAUAAUACCUGCCACGUUCUUGGCAAGGCUAAAGAGCCUUUGUGCCACCGAAGUUCGCAUGCGCCCGCCGCUAGAAAUAUACCUCGCAGAUUUGUUUACUGCCACGCGGCAUCUUGGUGCGCUUGACGCCAUGAUGCUCACCGCGCGUGCACGUCAAGACGCGGAGAUCCUCGCGCGGGCUUCUCGGGUGCUCGGAGUCGAUCAAACAGGGGCAGAGUUAAUUAAGGAAGCAUCGAUCAAUGAUCCAGAGCGCACUGAUGAAGACAGUACCGAACGCGGGUAUCCCCGGUCUAGCACGAACACCCAGAGCUUUGAAGCGCUUAUAGAUGGCUCCGCACUGCCAUACGAUGUACCUGACGUGACUAGCGUGCAUACUCGCCGCAGCACACGGAGUGCACCCAUCGAACAUGAGGAACCGCUAGAACUGGAUGUGUCAGAGGCGGAUGUGGCGAGGAUUUUUCCGAGAGUGGUGUCACAUCGUGUCAGGGUAAGGGACUCGCCUGUGGAUGAAAUUCUGAGCAGCGCAGUUUGCGGGGCUGUAAGUCGACGGGGAGCCAUACCAAAAGGGAUGAAUUCAGACUGGGAAGGGGGGCCCAUUGACGUACAUGAUCCAGAUACCGUUUGGGAGCGGGCAACAGUCAAAGAUAUAUUGGUACACAUACUUGCCGAAGUAUGACUUAUCAUCGCCCUAGAGGAAACAUAUUCUAUAACAGUACUUAUACGUGAGGCGAUGACUUGGAGACAGGAC